GACCAGAAAAAACGUAACUGGAUCAUGGGACAUGAGUCCGAGGUAUAUAAAUGGAUUCAAACUAUAAUUCAACAAAAUAUAUUCUGAUAAACAGUCAUCCAAAAGCGUAUGUUUGAGGUUGCAAAGGGUUGAAUGAUACUAUGGAGUGGUCUUCCUGGUUUCGACGGAGUAAUAACGAUGCCGCCCGUAACUCUAAUCAACAGCGACAAGCACAAGAAGAAAACGAACGAGAAGCGGAGUUGCUUGGAAUUACCCACCAAUUAAUCGAUCGUGUCAAGUCUUUCACUAUUGACACCUUCAAGAAUUUCCCACUCCAAGAUGAAGAAGCUGCUUCUUCUCGAGCUACUUUAAGCGAUGAAAUUCUGGCUGCCACUAGUACUACUUCGACAUCGGCUAAUGUUCAAAAAGAUCUCUCUGAAUGGCAGGAGCGGCAUGCUAUUCUUGUUCUUUCCAAAGUCAAGGAACUUUCGCAACUUAGAUUUAAGUUAUGUCCUGGCCACUUGAAGGAACGAGAGUUUUGGAGAAUUUAUUUCACACUGGUCAGAAACGACAUAGCUGAAUAUGAGCUACAGGCUAUACGAUUAGCAAAACUCAAGAGAAUGGCAAUGGGGAAUGAAGAAUCUUCAAAUACCAGUGAAUUUGAAGUUGAAAUGGCAGAAACAAAGCAAGCAGCAAGUUCAGAACCUUCAAAUCCUUGAGAUCUUUCCUGCCUAGUCUUGAAAGGAAGCAUAGGUGUGUUAGUCUAAUUGUACUCAUAAGAGAAAUAUUUCCAUUCUCGUAUCUGUGUAUUCCUUCUACUGAAACAAGACCUGCUGAAGCUAAUUACUAAUGCAAAUGAUCAGUCCAGUCAGUUAUUAUACGA